UCAGACAUGACAUUCCCUGCUGAUUAACUCUUAAAUCUAACUGGAGCGGUGCAGAAACACGCUACACAAAGAGCUCUGUGGCCAGAUUUAUUACAAACAUAUACAAAGAAAUAAGAUAUCUCAACAUAUCAAUAAGUCAAAUGGGUGAAGAAAACAUGAGAAAAAGAAAAGGAGAGACUAACAGGGAAAGAAAUGAACAAUCCAUCCAAAGUAAAGAAUCUAAAACUAUGAAUCUACAGAAAGAGGUGGGCCUGAUCAGUGGGAUCUGCAUUAUUGUUGGUACAGUUAUUGGCUCAGGCAUCUUUAUUUCUCCGAAGUCAGUACUUGUCAGUGUUGGAGCUGUGGGGCCUUGUUUAGUCAUCUGGGCAGCCUGCGGAAUUCUUUCUACAUUAGGUGCGCUAUGUUAUGCUGAGCUAGGCACAAUGAUCACAAAAUCAGGGGGAGAAUAUCCUUACCUUAUGGAAGCAUUUGGUCCUAUUCCAGCAUAUUUGUUUUCCUGGACUAGUUUAUUGGUCAUCAAACCCAGUUCAUUUGCUAUCAUUUCUCUCAGCUUUGCAGAAUAUGCUGCAGCACCUUUUUACCCAGGCUGUGAGCCACCCAUAGUAGUCAUUAAGUGCCUUGCAGCAGCUGUCAUUGUGAUUAUUACCACAGUGAAUUCACUGAGUGUGAAGUUGGGGAGCUACGUUCAGAAUUUUUUCACUGCUGCUAAAAUGAUCAUUGUUAUAAUCAUUAUUGUAUGUGGAUUUGUUCUCCUUGCACAAGGAAAAACAGAAAAUUUUAAAAAUUCUUUCAAUGAUGCUAAAAUUUCUGCUGGUUCUAUCAGUUUGGCAUUUUAUAAUGGACUCUGGGCCUAUGAUGGAUGGAAUCAGCUCAAUUACAUUACAGAAGAACUUAAAAAUCCUUACAGAAAUCUACCACUUUCUAUAAUCAUUGGAAUCCCAUUGGUUUCAGUUUGCUAUGUUCUGAUUAAUAUUUCAUAUUUCACAAUAAUGACGUCAACAGAACUUCAGCAGUCCCAGGCGGUCGCUGUGACAUUUGGGGAUCGGGUCCUUUAUCCAGCUUCUUGGAUAGUUCCUCUCUUUGUGGUCUUUUCUACAAUUGGAGCAGCCAAUGGGACGUGUUUUACUGCUGGCAGACUUAUUUAUGUAGCAGGUCGUGAAGGGCACAUGCUAAAGGUGCUGUCUUACAUUAGUAUUAAACGUUUCACCCCAGCACCUGCUAUCAUAUUUUAUGGUGCCAUUGCUAUUAUUUAUAUCAUCCCUGGAGACAUUAAUACACUCAUAAACUACUUUAGUUUUGCUGUCUGGAUAUUUUAUGGUUCGACUGUAUUUGCACUCAUAGUUAUGAGAUUUACAAGAAAAGAGCUCAAAAGACCAAUCAAGAUACCUAUCGUCAUUCCCAUCUUAGUGACAGUAGUUUCCAUUUUACUAGUUUUGGCUCCAAUCAUCAGUGAACCCGAAUGGGCAUAUCUCUACUGUGUUUUAUUUAUGCUUGGAGGACUUCUAUUUUAUGUCCUUUUCAUUCAUUUUAAAUUCAACUGGGCUCAAAAAAUAUCAAGGCCCAUCACCAUGCACCUUCAGAUGCUUCUAGAAGUUGUUCCACCAGAGGAAGUUCCUGAAUAAAAAGAUUUGAUUUUCAGUAGUCUAUUUUUAAGUACUAUAAUGUUUGUGAGGCAGCUUGAAUAGUUUGAAUGUUUAUGUUUGCUAAAUUCAGACUUGUUCAUCCUAAUGUGCAGUUUUAUUUUUGCAACAAUUUAUAAAUAUGUUUUAAUUAUCUUAUAUGAGAAUCAGACGCUUUCUUUGCAUGGAAUUCUAUCUACAUCUGGAUGGCUUCAUUGUUUUGACUGCUACUCUGCUAAUAUGUUAAGGUGAACUUAACAUAUUAGCAGAUUGCACAUACAUACUAGGAACUGUUUUCAGCUAUAGUAGUGGUGAAUAAAGAGAAAUUCAUUCACCAGUAAAGGAGUUUGUCAGAAUCCCUCCUCUUCUGCCACCCUGCUGGAAGGAUUUAUAACAUGAUCUACCAGGAAAAACAGAGGCAAAGUAUAGUGAUAGCCUAAGUGUAUAUUAGGCUGACUCCAACCUCAACCUGUCAGGUAAGUCAAAAGCUGGAAAUCCCCAGAUGAAAAGACAAGGAAAACAGGAAGUGAGGGUUGCAGGCAUGCACUGGAAAACAGUGAGUAAAUUUCCUUUGUUGAUUGUUCCCCUUUCCUUCCAUCCUGCUGGAAGUACAGAACAGUAAGCAGACAAUGCAAGAAAUAUUCUAAACAAGGAGGUGGGUUUUCCCAAGAUGCAGCUUGAAGUACUUUACAUCCAAAAUCUGCCUCCACAAAGUGCUCAAGGUCCACUCAGAGGUGGCUGAUGAAGUCAUGAGGUGAAUAAUAGGUGGUGGUCUUGCAGUUCUUGAGGUCCAUGGCGUUUGCUCCCCCUAACCAAGAAGCAGACAGGUGGAGUAUCCUUUCUGAGAGUAGAGGGGAUUAACUACCCGCUAAGUCAGAUUUACACACACUUUCAACAUACUGCAAGUAGCAGCAAAUAAAACUUGGUAGCAGUCUUUACAUCUAGAGAGUGAAGACUGCGCUUAAGGCUGGAAGAAAGGUUCAGGUAAAAGGUGGAGAGAACAAAUGGUUCAUUUAUGUAGCACACUUUCCUUGGGAAAGAAUUCUGGAAGUAAAUGAAACACUAACUUGUUUAGAAAUACUGCAGAUAAGCAGAGUUGAAAAGGAAUCUGGAGUCUCCCAACUCAACAAGCUGAAGAAUAGUAACUAGCAGGGUAAUCAUGGGAGUUCACACAGUUCCAGGGUUAUAUCUCUCAGCAGUUGAAGGGAGAACAGCAGAAAUUUUUAAGGACCCAUAAAGGUCCCAUUGAGGGGUAAUGGCUCUGAAAUUGGGUUUGUAGGCCAAGGGUUCUGAGAAACUUGGUAGUGUAUGGAUUGGAUUCCAAGGAAGCAAACCCUCCAAGAGCCCCUAAAAGCAGAGACCUGUAUUCUGAGGGAUUAUAGCUUGUUGAAACCCACUAGGAUAUAUUCAAAGAUAUGCUAAAAGAAAAAAGGAGGAAGAAGAAAUCCAUUUCUAGAACUAUCAGUCAGAAAAGGUCACCCAGAUUCUGGAGUAGGUUAGUUACCUGGAGGUAGGGUGCUAAAGCUUCCCUCAGGAGCAGAGGACUGAGGGUGCUCCUCUGACAGUUGAUGUAGGCUCAACUGUCACAGUGGAUUGUUACAUGCUACUCUAGAGUCUGAGGGCCAAACCAAUGGCCCUGAGAGUGUCAAAAGACGAAGAAACUGGUAUUCUUCAGGGGGAAUCAGCAGUCCUGACAGAAGAGGCUCCCCCCUCCACACAAACAUACACCUGAAAAGGAUGGCAUACAAAGUAAUUACAGCAGAAGACUGAAGAACUGAAGGCCCAGAAACAGACUGUGGUCUGCCACUACCCCACUCCCUGACCAAAAAAGGAACAAGGGUUCAUACAAGAAGAAAGGAUUAUGUACUGUAAAUGUGGUUCUUCAAGAUGUGAUUCAGGUGAGUGCAUGCUCAGCACACGGGAGCUGGAGAAUUUUGCCUAACAGUACCAUAGGGGUUGGUGCUGGUGCCUUAUGGCCAUAGCUUCUCCUCUGGCUGUAUGAGGCAGCGCCACCCUGAUGCCUCUCCGUUCUUUCACACCAAAUGCCCAGAGACUAGACUCCGAUGCAGAGGGGGCAGAUGGUGGGUCAUGGAAUACACAUCUGCAUCACAUCUUUAAGAACCACAGUAUGUAACCAUUUCUUCUUUUUCAAUUAGAUGCGGCCAUGUAUUCCACUUUCAUGACUCAUAAGCAGACUGAGUCCCACUUCCUACAGAUCCUAUUUGAACAAUGAGUGCAGGACCACCUUCCCAAAGUUUACAUCAACUCUGGAUCCCACAAUAAUGGCAUAAUGGUUCAAAAAAGUAUGUAUCGAUGACCAUGUGGAAGCCCUGCAAAUAUCCAAUAUUGAAAUAUCACUUAAGAAUGCUAUUGACAUAGCUUACACUCUCACACAAUGAGCCUAAACCAGUACAGGGGGUGUGGCUGAAACUUUUGUAUGCAGUCUUGAUGCAGGAAGUUACCCACUUAGAGACUGUGGAGACUACUUUGGAUUUAGGAAGCAGAAAAUACCCGGAAUAAAAACUAUGACCCUGGUGCUCCGGAGGAACCUCCUCCACUGGUCCCAAAGCCAGAAGAGACUGGACUUGCUCGAGCAGUAUCUUGAGAGAGGUGCCCCUGAAGAGGGAUGAGUAGGUGCGGAAGAGGCAUGAAAAGGAAUUGAAUGGCAUAGCCUGAUCUGACAGUGAUUAGGAUCCAGCUGCCAGAAGUAAUCCAGUCCCAAACACUGAUAAAACAAGUUAGCCUGUCCCUGAACACGGGGGAUGGGGGUAACAGAAGUCCUGAAUGGACCACAGAU